AUGCGCCCGGCCCUCGCGCGCGGCGUCGCGGCCGCGGCCGUGAUCCUCGCCGUCGUCGUCGCGUUGAUGACGCUGAGCUACGUGCGCGUCGACAGCACGACGCCCUUCGCGCGGCGCUACGGCCUGCGCCAGGCGCCGCUGCGGCGGUCGCGCGGCGGCGCGCUGCGGACGCGGCUCCGCGUCGGCGCGGGGCCGGACGCGUUCGGCGUCGUGAGCCGGCGCUACGAGCGGUCGACGCCCGGGCCGACGCUCGUCGUGGCGCCGGGCGACGCCGUCACCGUCGAGGUCGUCAACGGCCUCGGCGCCGAGGACGGCGCGGCGCGCGCGCGCGACAGCCUCCGGCGCCCGAACACGACGUCGCUCCACAUGCACGGCUGGCACGCGUCGCCCCGCGUGUCGCCGCGCGAGGACGACGUCUUCUCGCUCGUGGCGCCGGGCGAGUCGAAGCGCUACGACUACCACCUGCCCGCGGACCACGCGCCGGGCACCUACUGGUACCACCCGCACGCGCAGGGGAGCUCGGGCCUCCAGGCCUACGGCAUGCUCGGCGCCGUCGUCGUCGCGGACGCGGACCCGGGCCGGUUCCCCGAGGACGUCGUCAUGCUCCUGGCGUCGACGAACCUCGUCGCCGGCAAGGCGCGGAACUACGCCUGGGCGUCGGUCGCGUCCGGGAGCCGGCUGCCCGUCGUCGCCGGCGGCGCCGUCGGCGCCGACGCGACGAAAGCCGCGGCGGCGCUCAAGGACGAGCUGCGGGCGCCCCUCGACGCGAGCUUCUUCACGGUCAACGGCGAGCUCCGGCCCACGUUCCGCCCGCCCGCGGGCGCGUGGCUCCGCUGGCGCGUGGUCAACGGCGGGUCGAACGACAUCCUGUCGCUGGAGCUGUCGGACGCGACGGCCUGCGAGGCGUCCGUCGUCGCGCGCGACGGCGUCGCGCUGCCGGAGCCGCGGCCCGCCUUCGCGGCGCCCCUCGUGCUCGCCAGAGCAGGAAAAGAGAGCGAAAUUCCCAACUUCAACGGCUCCGAUCUCGGCCGGUUUCCACUCGUGCUCGCGCCGGGGUCGCGCGUCGACCUCUUCGCGCGCUGCGACGCGCCCGCCACGCUCCGAAGCGCGAAGCGCGGCGCGCUCGCGUACUACCUGGGCGGCGGCUCGGACGUCUUCGACGGCGAGAUCUUGGAUGUGGUGCCGACGCCCUCGCGGCGGCCGGACGCGUCCGCGGCGCCGCGCCUCGACGCGCCGCCUCCGCGGCUUUUCCGGUCGCUCCUCGGUGAGCGGCCGGAUCGCGUCGCGACGCUGGCGUACUACGACGGCGCGUCUGUCGUCCGCGACGGCAACGCCUACACGGACUACGGCCUCCGCGUCGUCGACGGCGACGGAUCCGUCGACGUCGGCGACGUGGUAGAGUGGACGCUGCACAACGACGUCAAGCACGGCGGACCGGAGGACACGAACCACCCCUUCCACCUGCACACGAACCACUUCCAGAUCGUCGACCUCUGUGUGGACCUGUCCCACGGCGAGGGGGUCGACUACGCCGUGGGGGACUGGCGCGACACCAUCACCCUCCCAACCCCGGGCUGGGUGAAGAUCCGCUUCCGCGCCGCCGACUACGACGGGCCCUCGCUCGCCCACUGCCACAUCUUCUCCCACUCCGACCUGGGCAUGCAGCACAAGUUCGACAUCGGGACGGGCGGCGUGAAGAGGUAAAGGAGGUGGGGAGGGAAAUAAGGAAAACCGAUG